GGGUGGCUCCGCCUACUUGUCUUUCUGGGCUCUGUCAUUUGGCUUGGGGCCAGCUGUAGCUGCUGCCUUCAAGUCUCCAGCACCCGUCGGUGGCGUCCGUGCGCUUUUGUGUCGUGGGGACGCUCGGAGCGUGACGUCCUCCGGCCGCGGGACGGGCCCGUCCCAGCCUAGUCUAGCCAUGGGCCUGAUAUUUGCUAAGCUGUGGAGUUUCUUCUGUGACCAGGAACACAAAGUAAUAAUAGUGGGACUUGACAAUGCAGGAAAGACCACCAUUCUUUACCAGUUCUUAAUGAAUGAAGUAGUCCACACGUCUCCAACCAUAGGAAGCAAUGUUGAAGAAAUAGUAGUAAAAAAUACCCAUUUCCUUAUGUGGGAUAUUGGAGGACAGGAGUCAUUACGGUCAUCAUGGAACACCUAUUAUUCAAAUACGGAGUUCAUCAUUCUUGUUGUUGACAGCAUUGACAGAGAACGACUUUCUAUCACAAAAGAAGAACUUUACAGAAUGUUGGCACAUGAGGAUUUACGGAAGGCUGCAGUUCUCAUCUUUGCAAAUAAGCAAGACAUGAAAGGUUGUAUGACAGCUGCUGAAAUAUCUAAAUACCUCACCCUUAGUUCCAUAAAGGAUCACCCAUGGCACAUUCAGUCCUGCUGUGCUUUGACUGGAGAAGGAUUAUGCCAAGGUCUGGAAUGGAUGACCUCCCAUAUUGGAGUGAGAUAACUUGUUGCAAAAGAGACUGCAUCUGUUUAUUCUGUGAACAUGAACAUUUUCCUGGUACUUCUGGUUGCUAAGGCAGCGACCAUGUUUAAUUUAUAAUGACAGAAACCACUGAGCAGCACUUGAAUCAAGUGCAGCGGAACUGAAACACAAAGUAUUUUUAACUUUUUUAAUGCACUACUCUUCCACAGGAUGAACAUGUGAAUCUGUUUCAGUAUCAAAGUUCUCCUGGCUAUUCUAAUUUUUCAGUGGUUGCCUUGUAAGAUAUCUUUCAUCAUGGAAAAUCUUUCACACUUGAUUUUUGUAAUGAUGCAAACUGCUUCUGUAAUUUACUACCAUAGAUAAAUUUCUUCAUUAACACUGGAAAAAAAGUGAGUAGAUUGACAUUUACCCUAGCAUAGCUUUAAUGAUUUCAAAAGAUUGGGCUAUCUGUGUUCAGAUAGCCCAGUUGCAGAUAUGGCUAUCUCCAAGGCAGGUUUUAGGUAUGUUAAGAAUUGAAAUAGUCAACAUUGAAACAGUUAUUUAAUGUGUAACUGAAUUUCUGCCUUAAGAAAACACACCCUUUUUUAUUCCCACAUAAGGUAAGUAGUUCUGGGUCUUAUUUUUACCUGAAAACACAACUUUGCUGGGUAGAUAAAAAUCAGUUUCUAUUUAAUUAAAAUGCAUUUUUCUUUUUAAAAAUGAACCAGUUAAAAAAAUUGAAAUUUGACAACAUAUUAAUUGCUAAAUUUUGUGUAAUCUAUUAAAAACAACAAGGAGUCUGGGGGUAGCACCUUAAAGACUAACGGGUUUAUUUGUGCAUAAGCUUUUGUGGGUAAAAAAAACACCAAAGUGGUGGGGUUUUUUACCCAUGAAAUCUUAUGCCCAAAUAAACCUGUUAGUCUUUAAAGUGCAACCGGACUCCUUGUUGUUUUUGUGGUUAGACUAAUGGAGCUACCCCCUGAUACUUAUAAUCUUCAAAAAAAAAAAAACUUAAAAAAAUUCUGCAUCCUAUAUCCAAUAAACUUAAAUGGUUUCAUUUAACUAAGAAACUACUUUAAAAUGCUGUUUUUAUAUUUGUAAUUUAAUUCCAGUUUCCAAAUACAGCUUGACACAAAUCCAGAGCAAAAAACAUCUAGUAAAUAAAUGCUUUGUUCAUCAUUUUCUAACAAUGUACAAAUUAAGAAUCUGGGUAAAUGUAUGUUAAGCGAUAUAAUUGUUUAAAUGAAUGUGUAUAUAUUGUUGGCUAUAUUUGAUUAAACAUGUUUUAAUGGUUAUACCAACCAAUAAGAAUGAACCUUUCUUUAGGGAAGAAAACUAAAAGUACAAAUACAAAACAAGAUUAAAUUCCGCUUGCUGAUUAAAAUAAGGGACUUAAAUCACUUUGAUUUAAAUCAGUUACCCUACAGCUUUAUAAACUACAACUGUGGUAAAAUUACAAUGAGUAUACUGAAUGUGAAAUGUACUGAUAUGUUGCACUGUAUUUUAACAAUGCACAUUUAUACUGAAAAUAUUACAGACACUAUUUCCUGCAAAGACA